AGACGUCGAGGAUCGUCGAAAUUUUUGUCCUUUCAAUCGUAAAGAAGUUUCUAUCUUCUCGAUUUAUCUAAUUCUCAAUUUUUUUUUCCUUUCCCGCUGAUGGAUCACCUCGUUGAAGAUGUUUUCACAAAGACCGUUGGCGCAAUUAGUGAGAUCCUAUCCGAUUUUGAGACACGUUGAUAUUUACGAUCGACAGUCUUUCAUACGUGCCUAUAUUCUAGACAAUGUCAUCAUUUGCAUAUUCAUGUACGUCUUGCUUUACACCGCACUUUGGUAUGCUAAUAAAGUAAUUAAGAGAAUCAAAAAAUCCAACGAAGAUCUUUCGGCCAUUCUCAAAGAGAAUCAAAUGAAACUGGAUGAUCUCAUUACGUUGAAGAAAAAGAAGGCCGAAUAUGAGGAAAUUAUAGUGAAGGCGAAGGGUACACAAAAGGUAACCGUUGAACAACUGGAGAGCGAAAUGAAGAAGCUCAGCACGGAAUUAUUGGCCGCCACGUAUAAGAUGAACGAGUUAGAGAAAGUCGUCGAAAAAAUGAUUUUCAGUGCGAGCGCACGCAGAGAUGCUGCAUUCUGUCGACUGACGUCGGAAUUCGAGAAAUUGAAAAUGGCGAAGAAGACGAAGCAACGGGUGAACCAUUCGGGAGAAUCAAAAUCCUCGAACCGUCUUUCCCACCACCCAUGCCACCCGAACCCCCACCUAGAAAGUAUGGGAUCUUUGCUAGUCGACCGUUCAGUGGACAAACUCCUACAAUCGCAGUCGCAGCGCAAAACAAAAUCGGAUUCAAAUAACAGUGGCUUCUUCGAUGAAGUUUAUUCGUCAACAAAUUCGUCUCAACGUUCUCACUCACAUACUGAUAGACGGGUGUCCACCCAACAUGCCGAUCUACGGGAUAUGGAAAAAAGAAAUCGUCAUAGACGUCCUAGACGUCGUCUAUAUCGUCGUCUUAAUCGUCCUCUUAGUCGUCGUUAUCGUCGUCUUUAUCAUGGAAAAUCAUUCUCAUUGAAAUGCAACCCCACGAUUUGUAACAUGUAUGAAAUUUCCCCAACAUACUUCGAGAAUCUCACACCAUUUACGAGAUCUCUCUUAGAAAUUGGAUGGAAAUUUGUUAAUUCUAUGUAA